GCUCAAAGCAGGCCGAGGAGGAGGAAGGGGCGUUGGGAGCAGGGGAGGUAGCAGGGCCUCUAUGAGGCUUGUGAGGGUCGCUGUCUGAAAAGGGAGAGGGGAUCUGGGCUUGGGGCAGAGGCUCUGGAAUGCAGCCCCCUUCCCUGCUGCUGCUGCUGCUCCUGCUGCUGCUGUGUUCCCCAGUUGUCCGGGCCAGAGGCCUGCUGUGUGGAAGUUUACCAGAACCUUGCGCCAAUGGAGGCACCUGCCUGAGCCAGUCCUGGGGACAAGGGAUCUGCCAGUGUGCCCUUGGCUUCCUGGGUGAGAUGUGCCAGUUUGCUGACCCCUGCCAGGAUGCCCAGCUCUGCCAGAAUGGGGGCAGCUGCCAAACCCUGCUUCCCACAUCCCCUCGCUCCUCUAGACUCCCCUCUCCAUUGGCCCCCAGCUUCUUCUGCAUCUGUCCCACUGGCUUCACUGGCAAGAGGUGCCAAGUCCAGCUGGAAAACCUCUGCCCUUCCUCCUUCUGUUCUGAAAGGGGCCGCUGCUACAUUCAGGCCUCAGGCCGCCCCCAGUGCUCCUGCGAGCUUGGUUGGACAGGUGAACAGUGCCAGCUUCCAGACUUCUGCUCUGCUAACCCCUGCUUAAAUGGAGGUGUGUGUCUGGCCACAUACCCCCAGAUCCAGUGCCGCUGCCCACCUGGUUUUGAGGGCCAUCUCUGCCAACAUGACAUCAACGAGUGCUUCCUGGAUCCAGGACCCUGCCCUAGGGGCACCUUCUGCCAUAACACCCUGGGCUCCUUCCAGUGUGUCUGCCCUGCGGGGAGGGAGGGCUCCCACUGUGAGCUCCGGAAGGGACCCUGCUCCUCUGGGGACUGUCCACACGGGAGCACCUGCCAGCUGGUGCCAGGGAAAGAUGCCACCUUUCACCUCUGCCUCUGUCCCCCAGGAAUCACAGGCCUGGACUGUGAAGUGAAUCCCGACAACUGUAUCAGGCACCAGUGUCAGAACGGGGCUGCUUGCCAGGAUGGGCAAGGCACCUACACCUGCCUCUGCCCAGAGACCUGGACAGGCUGGGAUUGCUCCAAAGAUGUGGAUGAAUGUGAGACACAGGGUCCCCCUCGCUGCAGAAAUGGGGGUACCUGCCAGAACUCCGCUGGCAGCUUCCACUGCGUGUGCGUGAGUGGCUGGGGAGGCAUAGUUUGCGAGGAGAACUUGGAUGACUGCAUCACGGCCACCUGCGCCCCCGGAUCCACCUGCAUUGACCGUGUGGGCUCCUUUUCCUGCCUGUGCCCUCCUGGACGCACAGGCCUUCUGUGCCACCUGGAAGACAUGUGUCUGAGCCAGCCGUGCCAUGAGAAUGCCCAGUGCAGCACCAACCCCCUGACAGGCUCCACGCUCUGCCUGUGCCAGCCUGGCUACUCAGGGCCCACCUGCCACCAGGACCUGGAUGAGUGUCAGAUGGCCCAGCAAGGCCCCAGUCCCUGUGAACAUGGCGGCUCCUGCCUCAACACCCCCGGCUCCUUCAAAUGCCUCUGCCCUCCUGGCUACACGGGCUCCCGUUGUGAAGCUGACCACGAUGAGUGCAAGUCCCAGCCCUGCCGCACAGGGAGCACCUGUGUGGAUCUACUGGCCACUUUCUACUGCUUCUGCCCACCAGGCUUAGAAGGGACCCUCUGCGAGGUGGAGAUCAACGAGUGUGCCUCGGAUCCAUGCCUGAACCACGCUAGCUGUCAGGACCUGCUCAAUGGCUUCCUGUGCAUCUGCCAGCCUGGGUUCACGGGCACCCAGUGUGAGGAGGACAUGGACGAGUGCACAAGCUCUCCCUGUGCCAAUGGGGGUCACUGCCAAGACCAGCCUGGGGCCUUCCACUGCCAGUGUCUCCCAGGCUUUGAAGGGCCACAGUGUGAGACUGAAGUGGAUGAGUGUCUAAGUGGCCCCUGCCCCACCGGAGCCAGCUGCCUUGAUCUCCCAGGAGCUUUCCUUUGCCUCUGCCCCUCUGGCUUCACAGGCCAGUCCUGUGACACUCCCUUGUGUGAACUCAACCUAUGUCAAGCCAAGCAACAAUGCCAGGAUCCAGGAGAUAAACCCCACUGUCUCUGCCCCGAUGGAAGCCCUGGCUGUGUGCCUGCUCAGGACAAUUGCACCUGCCAUCAUGGACAUUGCCAGAGAUCCUCAUGCGUGUGUGAUACGGGUUGGACGGGGCCAGAGUGUGAGGCUGAACUGGGGGACUGCAAUUCCACACCCUGCGCCCACGGGGGCACCUGCUACCCCCAGCCCUCUGGCUACAACUGCACCUGCCCCACUGGCUACACAGGGCCCACCUGCAGUGAAGAGGUGACAGCCUGUCACUCGAGACCCUGUCUCAAUGGCGGCUCCUGCAUCGCCAGUCCUGGCAGCUACUCCUGCGCCUGCCCUGCAAGCCAUACAGGGUCCCACUGCCAAACCAUUACUGACCACUGUGAAUCUGCCCCGUGCCUCAAUGGGGGUACCUGUGUGAACAGGCCUGGCGCCCCCUCCUGCCUCUGUGCCACGGGCUUUCAGGGCCCACGCUGUGAGGAAAAGAUCUACCCCAGCUGUGCAGACAGCCCAUGUAGGAACAGGGCAACCUGCCAAGAUGGUCCUCAGGGUCCCCGCUGCCUCUGUCCCCCUGGCUACACAGGAGAGAGCUGCCAGACUCUAAUGGACUUAUGUGCCCAGAAGCCCUGUCCAAACAACGGCCGCUGCCUGCAGAACGGGCCCUCCUUCCAGUGCCUGUGCCUCCAGGGGUGGACCGGGCCCCUCUGUAAUUUCCCACUGUCUUCCUGCCAGAAGGCUGCAAUGAACCAAGGCAUAGAGGUCUCUGCCCUGUGCCAGAACGGAGGCCUCUGCAUGGACAAAGGCCCCUCCUAUUUCUGCCACUGCCCUCCAGGGUUCCAAGGCAGGUUAUGCCAGGACCAUGUGAACCCCUGUGAAUCCCAGCCCUGCCAAUAUGGGGCUACCUGCGUGGCACAGCCUGAUGGGUAUCUUUGCCAGUGUGCCCCAGGCUACAGUGGACAGAAUUGCUCAAGCGAACCCGAUGCUUGUCUCUCACAACCUUGUCACAACCAUGGAACCUGCACUCCUAAGCCUGGAGGGUUCCACUGUGCCUGCCCUCCGGGCUUCGUGGGGCUGCGCUGUGAGGGAGAUGUGGAUGAGUGUCUAGACCAGCCCUGCCACCCCACAGGAACUGCAGCCUGCCACUCACUGGCCAACGCCUUCUACUGCCAGUGUCUGCCUGGAUACACAGGCCAGUGGUGCGAGGUGGAGACAGACCCCUGCCAGAGCCAACCCUGCUCCCAUGGAGGGGCCUGUGAGGCUACACCAGGCCCACCCCCAGGUUUUACCUGCCACUGCCCCAAGGGUUUUGAAGGUCCCACCUGCAGUCACCGAGCCCCUUCCUGCGGGACCCACCAUUGCCAUCAUGGAGGCCUGUGUCUCCCCUCCCCUAAGCUGGGCUUACCACCCUUCUGUGCCUGUCUUAGUGGCUUUGGGGAUCCUGACUGCCUGACCCCACCAGCUCCUCAAGGUUGUGGCCCUCCCUCUCCUUGUCUACACAAUGGCAGCUGCUCAGAGACCCCUGGGCUGGGGCAGCCAGGCUUUCGAUGCUCCUGCCCUCCCGACUCUCCAGGGCCCCGCUGUCAGAGGUCUGGAGCGGAGGAGUGUGAAGGGAGAGGCGGCGAUGGGGCCUGCGACCCCGGCUGCAGUGGCCCAGGAGGAAAUUGGGAUGGAGGGGAUUGCUCCCUGGGGGUCCCAGACCCCUGGAAAGGCUGUCCCCCCAACUCCCAAUGCUGGCUUCUCUUCCGGGAUGGGCAAUGCCACCCACAGUGUGACUCUGAGGAGUGUCUGUUUGACGGCUAUGACUGUGAGAACCCUCCAACCUGCAUUCCAGCCUAUGACCAGUACUGCCAAGAUCACUUCCACAAUGGGCACUGUGAGAAAGGCUGCAACACUGCCGAAUGUGGCUGGGAUGGGGGUGACUGCAGGCCUGAAGAUGGGGACUCAAAGUGGGGACCCUCCUUGGCCCUACUGGUGGUGCUCAGCCCUUCAGCACUGGACCAGCAGCUGCUUACCCUGGCCCGGGUGCUCGCUCUGACUCUAAGGGUAGGACUCUGGGUAAGAAAGGACGGUGAAGGCAGGGACAUGGUCUUCCCCUAUCCUGGGGCCCGGGCUGAAGAGGAGCUAGGAAGAACUCGGAACUCUUCUCAUCAGGAGAAAGCAGCCCCUCCUUUGGGCAAGGAGACAGACUCUGAUGGCACUGGGUUUGUGGUGGUGCUGGGUGUGGAUCUGUCCAACUGUGGCCCUGACCACCCCGCCUCCUCAUGUCCCUGGGACUCUCAGCUGCUGCUUCGCUUCCUGGCUGCAAUGGCCGCAGUGGGGGCCCUGGAGCCCCUGCUACCUGGACCCCUGCUGGCUGCUCACCCACAAGCAGGCAUUGUGCCCCCUGCUAAUCAGCUUCCGUGGCCUGUGCUAUGCUCACCAGUGGCCGGAGUGCUUCUACUGGCCCUUGGGGCUCUCCUAGUCCUCCAGCUCAUCCGGCGUCGACGUCGGGAGCAUGGGGCUCUCUGGUUGCCUCCUGGUUUCACUAGGAGGCCCCAGACUCAGCGAACUCCACGCCGCCGCCGGCCUCCACUAGGGGAGGACAGCAUUGGCCUUAAGACGCUGAAACCAGAGGCAGAAGUGGAUGAAGAUGGAGUAGUGAUGUGUUCAGUCCCUGAGGAGGGAGAAGAGGUGGGCCAGGUUGAAGAAAUGGUCUCCCCUCCCAAGUGCCAGCUCUGGCCACUGAACGGUGGCUGUGGAGAGAUCCCUCAGAUAGCCAUGCUGACACCUCCUCAGGAGUCUGAGAUGGAAGCCUCAGAUGUGGAUACCUGUAGCCCUGAUGGAGUGACACCUCUGAUGUCAGCAGUCUGCUGUGGGGGAGUGGAGUCCAGAACCAUCCAGGGGCCAUGGUUGGGAAGUUCUGAGCCCUGGGAACCUUUGCUGGAUAAAGGGGCCUGUCCCCAGGUUAACACCGUGGGCACUGGAGAGACCCCUCUGCAUUUGGCUGCCCGAUUCGACCGGCCAACUGCUGCCCGCCGCCUUCUUGAAGCUGGAGCCAACCCAAACCAGCAAGAUCGGUCAGGGCGCACCCCACUUCACACUGCUGUGGCUGCUGAUGCUCAGGAGGUUUGCCAGCUCCUACUGGGCAGCCGACAGACCGCGGUGGAUGCACGCACAGAGGACGGGACCACACCCUUGAUGCUGGCUGCCAGGCUGGCUGUGGAGGACCUAGUUGAAGAACUGAUUGCAGCUGGAGCAAAUGUGGGGGCCGCCGAUAAAUGGGGAAAGACUGCACUACACUGGGCCGCAGCUGUGAACAACGACCGAGCCGCUCGCUCCCUUCUCCAGGCUGGAGCCGACAAAGACGCUCAAGAUGGCAGGGAGCAGACGCCGCUGUUUCUAGCGGCCCGGGAAGGAGCGGUAGAGGUGGCUCAGCUGCUGCUGGGACUCGGGGCGGCCCGAGGCUUGCGGGAUCAAGCUGGACUAGCGCCCGCGGACAUCGCCCGCCAGCGAAACCACUGGGAUCUGCUGACCCUGCUAGGAGGGGCGGGGCCACCCGCGGCACGUCACACUGUGUCGCCGGACCGCGAGACUGGGGCCUUCUCGCGCGCAAGGACUGCGUCAGGAAGCGUACCUCCGCACGGAGGCGGGGCUCCGCCGCGUUGCCGGACACUGUCGGCCGGGGCACGCCCCCGAUUGGGCGGGGCUUGUCUGCAAGCUCGCAGUCUGUCUGGAGACUUGGCCGCGCGCGGAAGCAGGGCCUAUCCGCACAGCCGGAGCCCUUCGGGAGGAGGUGCCGGAGAAGGCCCGCCCCCACGCGGCCGGAGGGUUUCCGCAGGCCUCCGUGGGCCCAGGCCCAACCCCUCAAUAGUGCGAGGAAGGCCCGCGUGCGUGGCUGGACGCCGAAGCAAGGCCUCAGUGGAUGGCUGGCCCCGUGAUUGGGUGGCCCUGGGAGCCUGCCCCGCCUCCAGCACUUCGAUCCCACCUCCUUGUCUUACUCCAUCCCCAGAGCGAGGGUCCCCUCAAGUUGUUUGGGGUCUUCCCGCUCAUGGAGGAGCCUCCUUAAACCUAGGAGAAGGUUAAAAUUAGGAGUCGACUUGGAGAGGAGGCGUUGGAAAAAUUAUUGCCCAUUAAAUAACUGGCAUUCGAAAGAAGGGGCUGCAAAUUGAAUUUCCCUCCCCGAAUUAGUGCAUGCCUCUCGAAGCAAGCAUUAUCUUCUACCUGGAAGAAGUUACAGUGCCGAAAAGAGGGUGCUGGGAUGAGACAGGUCCACUUCCUCUCCUUGAAAAUUAAGAGCGAGAGGCUUCCUUAAAACUGGAACCCAGAGCUGUGGACCGAGGAGAUGUAAGAUGUACUUGUGUAUGGUUCCCAAAGAGAACCUCUAUCAUCCAUUGCUUACACUGGCCCACAAAGCUGACGUAUUUAUGGAGAACCUACCAAGUGCCAAGCACUGUGUAGAUGCUGAAAGAUGGACAGUGGCCACUCCAGCUAAGGACUCCGUGCUCUCAUCCAAAGAAACUGCUGCAUGGAUGAAGCACCAUUCUUCUGGCCAUGGCUAUCUCUAAGAACCUCAAACCUGUUUCCAAUAAUAAACUGAUUUUUUUUUUAA